AUGCUAGCUUCUGCUCCCUUCGAGACUCCGGGCUCAUGGGAUGACAAUGUCACCUACAACUUCACCACCGACCCGGCCUACGGUGACAGCUCGUAUCCUAUGGGAUUCAACGAGCUCUGGAGCCCCACCUGGCAGCACUUGGACAACCUCGAUCACAUUCGCCCGUCCAUGGGCAUGCAGAACUGGGACAACGUCUCUGCAUGGAACUUGCCGGGACGUAGCUUCCCUGGCCCUGGCCUUGACAACUCCUUGUAA